CCACACCUAGUGUGUCCUCUGAUGAGCAUAUCAGGGAUGAUAGUGUGGAGGACAGUCGCAAUCACAUAGGAUUCCUCAGACGUGCCACUCAGUUACUUUCUCGGUAUGGAAUUGAAACUCAUGGCAUCGUGCCGGUGCCAACAGAGGAACGUCUCGAGACUCGGUGGUACCAGUUGUUUUUCAUUUGGUUUUCCUCUUCCAUGAAUAUCUUGUCAUCCAGCACCGGCGCUGCUGGCCCUGCAUUUUUUUCCCUGGGAGUUCGCGACUCCAUAGCUAUCAUCGUCAUCGUUAACCUAGUAUGCUGUUUAUCGCCAGGAUUAUUUGCCAUUUUCGGGCCAAAGCUUGGCAUGCGAGCUAUGGUGCAAGCAAGGUUCUCAUGGGGGUAUUUCGGUGCCAUCAUACCGGCCGUCUUGAAUGUUAUCACAUCCGAAGGCUUCCUUAUUCUGAACUGCAUUAUUGGCGGACAAACGAUAGCUAGCUUGUCUCCUCAACUUAAUGAUACUCUUGGUAUCGUCAUCAUUGGUAUCACAUCUCUUGUGGUCACUUUCUGUGGAUACCGCGUUAUCCAUUGGUACGAAAGUGUUGCCUGGAUCCCGAAUGUAAUUGCUUUUAUCGCCAUGCUGGCUAUCGGUUAUCCACAACUACGCGAAAACCUAUCGGCUCCUGUCCCUCCAGCAACACCUGCUAAUGUCAUAUCUUUUGCAUCCUUUCUCGCAUCUAAUAUGAUCAGCUGGAGUACCAUGAUCUCUGACUAUGGCAUAUACCAUAGCCCUGAUGCUUCUUCUGCCAGAAUUUUUAUCUACACAUAUCUUGGGUUCUUCGUGUCUAGUGUGACUGGUCAGGCUCUGGGUGCCGCAUUCGCAGCAGCAGCUCCGAGCGUGCCUGCUUGGAAUGCAGGAUUCGAUGAUAGCUCUUCCAUCGGUGGCUUGUUGCACAGCGUCUUGUUACCUACAGGCGCAUUUGGAGAAAUCCUGACUGCUUUGGUCGCUCUCAGCGUAACCAGUGCCUGUGCACCAACGAUGUAUACGUUCAGCACCAGUUUCAUGGCUAUUGCUGCGUGGUUUGGUGCGGUUCCCAGAUGGGUAUAUAUCCUCGUCUCAGAGGGAAUCCUGAUACCAGUGGCCAUUAUUGGUGCCAAAAGGUUUUAUGCUACCUUUGUCGACAUCCUUAGUACAAGUCCCAAAUACCGGUGUCUAUUGUUUGCGCUAACAUGCUGAUCUCUCAGACAUCAUUGGAUAUUGGUCAUCAGCAUUCUCUGCGAUAGUACUCACAGAGCAUGUGUUAUUUCGGCGAGCCUCGUUUUCUGAGGAUCAAUAUCCCAUCUCGACUUGGGAUUCGUAUACUCUUUUGCCUAGUGGUAUUCCUGCGGUCGUGGCCUUCGUGUGCGCGUGUGGAGCUCUUGUUCCGUUCAUGUCACAGGCUUGGUAUGUAGGAUCAGUUGCGAGGCAGGGCAGUGGAGAUGUUGGUGUGUUCGUAGGGUUUGUUGUGGGAGCUAUCACCUAUGCGUUGGCGAGGAGUUUCGAGAAAAUACUGUACAAGAAGAUGGGUAAAAAUGCUCACUAGUACUUAUAUCGACGUGUACAUGAAUUGUAUUUGAUUAGAGACAAGUUAUUUUUUGAUUGGUGCCAA